ACUCACGGCGACGGUAGCUAUCGGGCGCUCCCGCCAUGACGGCGACGGGCACCCUCCCUCCCCUUCUUCUACCGCCCCGCCCCGCGUGCGUGAGGUUCGUUUCGGCUCGCGCCUCUGCCGCUGCUUAGCUUCUACUGCUGCCAUUCGAGCUGGGAACGCACGCGCGCGAAGGCGCUGUCGUCGUGUGUCGAGGUGUUUCGUGUAGGCCUCUGGAGUUCCGUCGCCGACGUGCGGCGGAGGGUGGUGGGAAUCUAGGGCGGCGUCGGGGUCGAGCGAGCGAGUAGUUUCCAAUGGCCGAGAUCUGCUGCCAGGAAGCCAAGUCGCCGCCGGCGACCGCGGCCACGGUGGCCACGGUCUCGGCUUCGGCGGCCGCCGCGGCCGUCGCCUCGUCGGUGAUGGACAGGCGGCGCCGCAGGCUGGAGCUGAAGCGCUUCCGCCUCGCGAGCGACCUCGAGCAGUCGGCCGCGGAGUACGCCGGCGCCCGCAAGCGGCCGAGGAUACCGCGCACGGUGUCCGGCCCGUGCCCCGACGCUGCCUCGGCGUCCGAGAACGCGGAGCGUUGCCCGAGGUUCGGGUUCUCCUCGGUGUGCGGCCGUCGUCGCGAGAUGGAGGACGCCGUCUCCAUCAGGCCCGGUUUCUUGCCCGGCUCCGGCAAGUCCCACUUCUUCGGCGUCUUCGAUGGCCACGGCUGCUCACACGUGGCGACGACGUGCCAGGAGCUGAUGCAUGAGGUGGUGGCGGAGGAGCACCAGAAGGCGGGGUCCGGCGAGGAGCCUGUGUGGAAGGAGGUGAUGGAGAGGAGCUUCGCGCGGCUGGACGAGCGGGCCGCGAACUGGGCGACCACCCGCAGCAGCGAGGAGCCCGCCUGCCGCUGCGAGCAGAAGAUGCCCUCGCGGUGCGACCACGUGGGAUCCACCGCCGUCGUGGCAGUCGUCAGCCCGACCCAGCUCGUCGUGGGCAACGCCGGCGACUCCCGUGCCGUCCUUUCCCGCGCCGGCGUCCCCGUUGCACUCUCCGUCGACCACAAGCCUGACCGGCCGGACGAGCUGGAGCGCAUCCAGGCGGCGGGCGGGCGCGUCAUCUACUGGGACGGCGCGCGGGUGCUCGGCGUCCUCGCCAUGUCUCGAGCCAUAGGGGAUGGCUACCUGAAGCCGUUCGUGACGGCGGAGCCGGAGGUGACCGUGACGGAGCGCAGCGACGCCGACGAGUGCCUGAUCCUGGCCAGCGACGGGCUGUGGGACGUGGUGACCAACGAGAUGGCGUGCGACGUCGCCAGGGCGUGCUUCCGGAGCAACGGCCCACCAGAGCCGGCCGCGGCUCAGGCGCAGGCGAGCGAGGGGGUGAGCAAGGCGGAGUCCGACCGGGCGUGCUCCGACGCGGCCAUGCUGCUGGCGAAGCUGGCGCUGGCGCGGGGGAGCUCCGACAACGUGAGCGUCGUGGUCGUGGAUCUGCGCCGGGGAUCGUGAUUCUUGGAGCGGAAUUCGUGCUCCAUGAUUGCUUCUCGUUAUCCUAUUUUUUAAUCCAUGCUAAUUUCUUCCCCCGUUUCUAAAUUUAUCUUCGCUGCCUCGAUGUAGUAGUAGUAGUAUUAGAUCUAGUAGUACCACAGUUUCUAAUUCUACCCGCCAAAAAGAAGUUGAACAGAUAAGCUCAGCUGUUUCAACUGCAUCGUAACACGUACACGAAGAUAUUUGAUAUGUUUAACAAGUCGAUAAGAAGA